AUGAAGUCAGGCAGCCUUUUCUUGUUCCUCGGCAUGGCGCUUGCCGCGCUGGCAACCCCUGUUGCACAGUGGGGUGAGGACCAAAAUGACAUCGUAGGCGAACGAAUCGUGGUCAGCCGUGAUGCACAAGGUUGGGAUGACAUGGAGAAGAACGUCGUCGAGCGUGAUGUGGCUGCUACAAAUGCCGCCGAUGGUGCGGAUCAUGGCGGCCCUGGUGGCGGCUACGGCGGAGGAUAUGGGGGUGGUCGUGGUGGAGGCUGGGGUGAUGGUGGGCAUGGAGGUGGUCGAGGAGGUGGUCGAGGAGGUGGUCGAGGAGGUGGUCGAGGAGGCAGUUGGGGUGGUGGGCGUGGAGGUGGAUGGUAA